GGAGGAUGUAGCACCGCUGCCUUUCGCUGCUGCGUCUCAAUCCUUUCCCACACGGUGGUCGGGGGGGGAGCCGCGCCAAGAGCCGGACGUUUUGUGACACCCCGCUGAGCAUCUCAAGCAUCUGCCGCAAGCAGUGGGACUGUGAGUGAAUCAUAAACCUGGCUGAUCCUUCCCCCCCAACAACAUGGAGCGCCAUUUCUCGAUGAGAUUGUGGUGAGACUUUAGCAGCCCUGUCACGCCCACAGCGCCCCCUUUCUGCCCGGACGGCCCACCACGCCCCGGUGCAUAUGAAAGGGUACCAUGUCAGCCGUAGCUUGUCCCAGCAUUCCUCUGGUGGUGGCGGAGGAGGCUCCUGUCACUGUCCGCCCGAGGACUGCGAUGGCCCAGGGAGAGACUAUUAUCACGGGCAUAACGACGGCCACUACUACCCACCAGGGGGUCCAGCUGAGGCUUUGGCGCUGGAGAGACACCAUUCCCACUCCCAUUCCCAUUCUCACAGCCACUCAGGUGGGGGUACCUUCCCUCGCUCGCACCCCAGCCAGCAUCCGCCUCUGCAAUCGUUUGACUCGUGUGAGGAAUGCUUGUCGUCGGGUCAUGGAGCUAAGAUGCACCGCAUCCCUCCGAACCUCAUGGAUCAGUUUGAUAAGCAGGUACCAUUCCACCCCGAUGGCUUCCACACACUUCAGUAUCAGCGGUCCACUAGCGGAGGUGCCGAGCAGCGCAGUGAGAGUCCCUCACGUAUCCGCCACCUGGUAAACUCGGUGCAACGUCUCUUUGCCAAGUCCCAUUCCUUGGAAGCCCCUUCCAAACGGGAAUACAAUGGCACAAGAGGAGGCGGGGACUAUCGAGGUGAGAGAGGAGGGGGUCACAGGAGUGGAGGGGAAGACAGUGGGGGUCAGUACUCCGGCCACCAGUCUCGGUCCGCUCGGAGGAACAAGUCUCGAGAACGCAGUAAGAGCGGGGACUCUCGGCACGAGUCAGGCAGACGACACCGCAGCCGGACAGCCGGUUGGUGGAGCUCCGAUGACAACCUGGAUUCCGACAGCAGCUACCUGGUGAGUGGCGGCAGGAGAGGUUACCCCAGCGGGCACGAGAGCCUGGAUGCAGCCAUUCAGGAGCUCACCAUGAAGCGACCCAAGGAGCGAAGCGAUGGGCAAGGCCCUGCGGAAUGCAUGGCAUGUACCACCAUUGCGCUGGCCGGAAGCGAUGGAGGUGGACACCACGGUCACACAGGUCACCCUGGUCACUCCUUAAAAAGGAGCACGUGGUCUGCCAUGACAGUCAGUCAAGCCAGGGAGGUAUACCCUUCUCGGGGCGGAGGUGGAGGCUAUGACAAAGCUCUGGUGCCCAUUGAAAACAAACUGAAGGAGAGGACUCUGCAUUAUCUGCAGGUUCCUUCAGAAGACUGGGGGGGAGGAUACGGCGGCACAGACAGUGGAGGUGAGAUUCCGUGUCGCCGCAUGCGCAGUGGAAGUUAUAUCAAGGCCAUGGGCGAUGAUGACAGCGGCGAUUCAGACAGCAGCCCGAAAGCCUCGCCCAAGUCCACCCUGAUCGCUCAGAGGGAUGCCUUCAGACGAUCCAUCAGCAUGGAUCAAAGGUAUUCAUGUAAGCAGUGUACGGACUCCUAUCCGAACAGUCGGACGACACCCAAGUCCCAUGCGCGCUCACGUAGUUACACUCGCUCGCUGACCAGCUCGCAGUUGGGAGACACCCUGGACAGACAGUUUGAGGCCGUGUGCGAGACCAUGUUCGGGGAAGUGGAGUCCCAAGCGGUCGAGGCUCUGGAUCUCCCAGGGGUGUUCCGCACGCGUAGCCAUAGCUAUGUCCGCGCCAUCCAGGCUGGCUGUUCCCAGGACGACGACUGUCUCUCUGUAUUUUCUAUGUCUGGUCCCCAAGGAAGCAUCAAGGCAGGAGCUGUCUUUCCUUAUCGCAAAGGUGCUCCUCCCCCACUUCCACCUCGCAUGUCCAAGUCUUCGCUAUCAGUGAGAGCCCAGAGCAGCACCGAGUCCACCCAGGACGCUUACUACCAGAGUAGCCACGGGCGACCCAAACUGCACAGUAACUCAGUGGACCUGGGCUGCGCCGACGGACCUUCGGGACGCUCUUCCAGAGUUGGCUACUACACCGCCACAGGCCCGGGGCGAUCCCGGCAGCACAGUAACUCAGCAGAGAGCCUGGAUGGAGGGAUCAGGGGCUCGCGGGAAAUGGUGCCCUAUGGAGGAGGUCCAGGAGUUGGCGUGCGGGCCAAACACAGCAGCUCGGCUGAUAGUUUGCUAGAGGGACCACCGAGGCCUGCCAGGGAGAGGGAAAGUCGGGUUGGGGGGAGCCUGGGGAAGUCGGUCUCUCUGCCGCAGAACAGCAUUGUUUUGAGUAAAGCUGGAGGGCAGGAUGAUGGAUGCAGUGGAAGGAAGUGGAGGCCGUCUAUCGCUGUGCAGGUGGACAGUUCAGAGACUCUGUCAGAUUCAGAUGCAGAUGGCAAAGCGCUGACAGAGGUUCAUUCGAUUGGAGUACAGGUGGAAGAUGAUAAAAGACGGGCCCGUUUCAAGCGCUCCAACAGCGUGACGGCGAGCGUGCAGGCCGACCUGGACCCCGAGGGCUUCCCGGGGCUCAGCGUUGCCGUGCCAACGCAGGAUAAGAGUCUCCAGUUUGGUUGCUCCUUCCAACGCCAUUCAUCGGAACCGGAGUCAGCUGGCCAGUACACGGAAUGCCAGCGCACCGUCCAUACACAGGGACAAUGGGCCUAUCGAGAGGACUUUAUCCAGAGUGGCUACACCACAGAAGCUUGUCCAGGAGACCCACGGUCGCACCAGCACCUUCCUCCCCGUUCUCACUCGCCACUCCCCCUCAAAUCAGAACGAGCGUGGGCUGGGACACCCUCCUUGGAGGGUCCCCGCAGCCUGCCCGACUCGGGUCGAGUCUCCCCCUGCAUGAGGGACGGCGAAUUCUUCUUGCGCCUUCUGCAGACGGAAGUGGAGAGGAUGGAGGGCUGGUGCCAGAACAUGGAGGGAGAGGCGGAGGAGAAUGAACUCCCUGAGGAGAUUCUAGAGUUGAUUCGCAACGCAGUUGGCAGUGCACAGAUGCUCAUGUCUCAGAAGGUUCAGCAGUUCUUCCGCCUCUGCCAACAAAAUGUGGACCCAUCUUGUUACCCCCAGCCCACCUCUCAGGACCUAGCAGGCUUGUGGGACCUACUUCAGCUCAACAUAGAAGACAUCCGGGUCAAGUUUCAAGAUCUCCAGAGGCUCAAAGAGUCUGGCUGGAAACUCCCCUCUGAAAAGAAGGAGGAUAAGAAGCUUCCUCCUCCCUUACCAAAGAAACCAGCUGGCGGGGUGAGUGGCAGCCUCCGUGCGGAUAGCGUCGCGGAUGGAGGCGGCGGAGGCGGGUCAGGGGGCCUGGUGGUACCUCGCGUAGGGGGGCACACCCUACCGAUGAGGGAGAAGUCCCUGGACCUCGUUGAACGUCAGAGGACAGAAGCGAGAAGGAGGCUGCUGCAAACCAAGCGUACCGCCUCCUUCAGGCAGAAUUCAGCCACAGAGAGCGCAGACAGUAUCGAGAUCUACAUUCCCGAAGCCCAGACUCGACUCUGAAAUCCCCCUGAGCCACGUCACCCUGACCAGCAACCAAGUCCUUGGCAGAUCUGGAUUAUCUCCAGGUCAUAACUAAAUACUCCGCUUCCUCCUAGACUAGAGCAUUUCCAUAAAUACACUUUCCCAUUACUCUUAAUUCAGUUCUCAAGCAGUAACAGCCACUCGCGUGUCUUGAAAAUUGCACAUAUUACUGACACAGAGGCCUAAAACAAAAAAAAAGCAGAGGAGCUCGCAGAUAUAAAUUAUCGCCUUUUUUCCACAUCAAGACUAUUUAUUUAUUUAUUUAUUUAUUUAUUUCAUUUUGGGGCUGACGACAAGAAACUUUUUUUUCUCGCAAUGGUGAUUUGCUGAGGCUCUGGCACUAGUUGGUAGCAUGCCCGGUCAUGUUCACUGAAAAAUAAAAGGGCUCAACAGGCACAAAACCUCGACGACAGGAGAUGAUGAGACUUCACAUAUUUGAAUUCCUGUUGCCACCCCUGAAGGGGAAAACACUCUCCAUUUGUGGGGUGUUCCAUUCCCAGCUACAUGUAUCCAUUCUCUUCACUGACACUGCCAGUACGGAAAACGAAACACGGUUCGCUCUUAUUAUACUAAGCAGCCACCAUCUUCUUAGAACCAGAUCACAAAGCAAUUCCUGUUAUUUUUUAUUUGCUUUAUCAUCAAAUGCAUUCAUGCAAAAGAGCAAUUGGAACACACAUGGAAAAAACAACAACAACCGUACAAAUAUGCUAAUUAAGACUUGCAAUAUUUAAAAAUAUUUGAUAACACUAUGAUUUUUGGUUUUGGCCCACACCUCUUUGAACGUUCAUCGUGAGGUUUUCUUGAAUGAACACUUGCUACCCUGUGCACACUCGUUUUUUGCCAAAUGAAGCAAUUGCAGGGUAGCAGCAGAGCCUGACAGCAAGAGAGGAUAAAAAUAGUUAAGUUUGAUUGGCUGAAGUGGCUUCUCAGGACUCCACUGAGAUAAAGGGGGGGGGGGGCAUUCAAAUGUGAGAUUAUAGCACCACUAAGUGGUCAAUUUAGGAUCUAACAGCAGUAUGUAGUUUGAAUUUAAUAAGAUGCCCUUAUGACACGAACCGAUAACGGAAUAUAUUGUUUUUCCGCCACCCAACGUAGUAGCUCUUGGCAAAUAUUGACUUAACUAAAAGCAAAAAUGACAUAUCUCAAUUACGGUGGUCACAAGAUGAAAACUCGCAACUACUUGUGAGUGAAUUCGAUUUAUGGAUCUUGAGUAGGAAGCGCAGCACUGUAGCAUGACUUUUAAUAAUUGUGUUCACCCACAUGAAAAAGAAAAAAAGAAACUGCAACACAUUUUUGAUUUCAAUAUUUUACGUGGACGUUUUGUACAAGGCUUUAUGUGAAUGCGGCGAGAGAAAUGAUGGAGACCAAUGAAAUUCAGCCAUUCGCAUGAUUUUCUUUUCUCCUAAUAUGGCAAUGGAAUCUGGCAAAUAUUUUAACAGGAGAUGUAUAUUUUAUAAUAUAAUCUACAUUUAUAGAUAGACUAUUGAGUACAGUGUACACAAAGGCCUAUAUCAAAAUGUGAAAUACCACUGUAUUAUUAUUAAUUAUUAUUAUUACAUAGACUUGUGUGAUGUUACUGCUGUGUGGCACAUGUGAAAAGAUUUUCUGAGUGCUGAGUCAGGUUCACAGGGUAAAAUAUAUAUCUAUAUAUAUGUUAGUUGCCAAGUCAAAUCCUUUGGAGCUUCAAUGACAUAUACUCUCUCGUCUUAUUUCCGCUUUAGAACCAACGACAUGUGCCUAACCAGCUAUGCGUGGUGGUUACUGUUCAAGUUUACAGCGUGUAACGUUACGUGCGGUGUGUACAUAGAAUUUCUGAGAUUACCUUCAGAUAGAGAUUUCCGAUCCUUCACUUGGACUCUUUCUGAAAUACUUUGUGUUGGCACUGCAUGUUUUGAAAGAGAUGAAUUAGCCUGCUGACGGGAGCUAAUUUUGUAGCUUUAAAAAUCUUUGUACAGAAAUGUUUAAUUUUGGUGGCAAAAAGCGGGACGUUAAGUUGACAACAUCUGAGUGGCUUAUCAAACAAAGCACAAAGACCUGCUUUUUUUUUUUUAUACUCUUACUGCACUGUGAAGGACUCCUGACUGGUCUUUUCAUGGCGAGGAUUCAACAAGUAUUUAUCCACAGUAGCAACUUCUUCAAUUCUCAAGUGGCGGAGUUGAGUGACUCACGUAUAGCUUUGCAUUUUUUUUUUUAUGUCGCCUAUUCCACUCUGAGUGCAAGGACCCUCGCUAUAAAUAUCACGCAGCAACACACGAGUCACCAGACUGACUGGAUGCCACAAAACACCUGUCACCUCUUCCGAAACAUGCAAAACAUUCAGAGCCAGACGAACAACCCCCGAGUACCUCAGCCUUUGUGACCCGGCCGGGCCUCUGUCCUCAGGGGAUUCUCUAUACACUGACACAACCGUUCAAAAAA